AGAUGGCGGCCAGUGAGCCCGCUGCCCCCGGGCCUGUCACCGCGAAGAAAAAGUCCAGUUUCCGGCUGGGAUUUGUGACAAAUCAGCUUUCAAAAUGAUGCAGAGUUUCAGCCAAUGAGAGAGAUCCGAGAUAAGCCCCGUCCUUCAUUCACUCCGAUAGGUUGGAGGAUCUGUCGCUGCCUCUCGGGCCUCCAGACCCGCCCUCUCUUCCUAUUGGUCCAGACCUACCAUCAAUCACGGGCUUUCUAAAUUGAAGCAUGCGCAGUGCUGAUGCUGUAGCUGGAGUGAGGCCUGUCGGCCCCAAACCUGAAUAAGAAGCUUCUGGUCCCGCGUUUGUUUCGAGCGGGGGGGGAAACAGCUGCGGCUUCUCCCGCCGACAGGCCUGAGUUAACGGCCUUUAUAGAGGCCGCAAACCCGCAGGAGGCAAAACAUCAGAGAGAGAGAGUUUGUUGUGAAAUCAAUGGGUUGUUGUAAAUCAGGAGGUCAGGGUUACAGUCAACAACAACUUCUAUUUGUAUAGAGCCUUUAGCAUCAGGAACCAUCCCAGUGCAUUUCACAGGAAAAUUAUAAAACAAAGUGUGACACCGAGACACAUGAGGAGAUAUGAAAGCAGGUGACCAAAAUCUUGGUCAAAGAGAUAGGUUUUAAAAAGUGUCUUAAAGAAGGAAAGUGAGGUAGAGACGGAGAUAUGUAGGGAGGGAAUUGCAGAGCUUGGCGCUGAGGGAACUGAAGACGCUGCCACCAGGGGUGGAGAAACCACCUUCAUGAUUGCUCAUUAAAUCUCCACACAGAUAUUACAAGGGGAGAAUUUGUAGACACGUAACUUGAAUCGAACAUCACAUCAAGAUCUGACAGUCACUUGAUUCAUCAGGACCUGAAUAUCAUCAGCCCUUGAACAUGUAAGGAGAAAGGUUUCAAACAUCAGUGUGACUGGAAAAACACCGAGACACGCACACACCAGAGUGAGAGUGUUCCAGUGCACUGACUGUGGAAAGAGCUUUAACCAGUUACACAGCCGGAAAAAAAAAUUGCAUCAUUUACAGUGAGGAGGAACUGUUCUGUCUGUGAAAAAGUCUUCAUCUGAUCAUCAAAUACCAUGGAGAAACCAUGGAAAUGUGGGGACUGUGGGCAGGCAUUCACUACCCCAUCCAAGCUGGAAACUCAUCGACGUACUCACACUGGGGAGAGACCAUUCACCUGCUCUGAGUGUGGGAAGGGAUUCACUCAGUCAUACAGCCUAGCAUUACAUCAGCGAGUUCAUACCGGGGAGAGGCCAUUCACCUGCUCCAUGUGUGGGAAGAAAUUUAUUAAUUCUUCCAACCUUCUGAGGCACCAGCAUGUUCACAGUGAGGAAAAGCCAUUCAUUUGCUCUUAUUGUGGAAAGACUUUCAGUCUUUCAACCAUCCUCAUCUCACACCAGCGAGUUCACACCGGGGAGAGGCCAUUCAUCUGUUCCGUGUGUGGGAAAGGAUUCACUGAGUCAGCCAACCUAGCAUUACACCAGCGAGUUCACACUGGGGAGAGGCCAUUCACCUGCUCCGUGUGUGGGAAGGGAUUUAUUAAUUCAUCCAACCUGGUGUCACACCAGCGAGUUCACACUGAGGAGAAACCAUUUAGCUGCACUUCCUGUGGAAAGAGUUUCAAGCAUUCAAGUAAUCUCAGUGUGCACCAGCGAGUUCACACAGGAGAGAGGCCAUUCACCUGCUCCCAUUGUGGGAAGGGAUUCACUUGUUCCUCUCACCUGGUGAGGCAUCAGCGACUUCACAAGUGACUGCAUGGAUUGGAUUCUAAUGUUACUGCUGCUGUUAAUCAUAUCCAGGAUUGAACCAUGUUCAUUGUGACAGCUGAGGUUUGUCUCUGCUGAUGUUAAUAAUCCUUGUAACUGGGCUGGAGUUUAAUAUGCUGAAUCUAUAGCUGAUUGUGUUCUUGGGACAGCAGUGUCCCUUUAAGAACCACUGUCUGAUCUUUCCCUACAACUUAGUGACAUUCAUCAGAAAUUAGUUUACAACAAGAUUAUGAACUUUUUCUUCAAUACUAAAUUGAUCUUUGGUACGAACUCUACAAUUCAGUGUCUGAAAGGUUCCACUGAUUGACAUCUCCAGUUAGAAAGUGCUGAUUAAUCCCUGCUGACAAUUCUUACUGACUUGCAUAUUAAAAACAGUGACACCUCCAUUAUCAACCAGAAAGAAAGAAGGGGAAUGGGAUUUGGAGAAUCGAGAGUCCCCAAAUGUUACCCCUCCCACCUAAUACAUCCCCUCAGUGUGGGAAUAGAGACAAGUCCAAUCCAAGUAAUGGACUAAGAAAUUGCCAUCGAAUAAACUUAUGAAAUCUUCAAAAAUUUAUGGAAUAUUAUAGAAAUUGCUCAAUCUCCCUUAUGAAGGAAGCUUUCAUAGCAGCUUGCUGGCUGACAAACACAGGACAGGCCUGUUAUCUCUGCCAAGGAUGUCUCAAGCACAUUUCCCAAAACAGGACAUUUCUAACCCUGAUACGAUUGAAUCUCAUGACCCAUAUUUAAACCAACUGUCUGUCUGAAGGUUAAAACAGGCUCUCAAGAGGAAAAAGAUUUCAAAGUGAUGUAUAAUGGCUUCAGCCCAGCACCCACACACUGGCUCACACCAGUAAACCGUUCAAAGGAGAUUGCAGCCACCAGCUACAGAGACCAGCACUCACUCUGCAUCAUCCGUCCGUUUGUCCUCCGGGACUGGUCAUUCAUUCUGACCUGUCGCGGGUCAUCUGUUUUCCUGUCUAUUGAGCUCAUUGAUCAUAUUUAAACUGUUGCUUCUCAAUAAACUACUUUCAAAUCACUGCUGAGCUCGACCCCCUUUUUCGGGUAAUCUGUGACUCCCAGACCUAAAUCUUACAAGGUGUGUUAGGAGCAGGAUCACAGUGGUCGAGGUCCUAGGCUUCAGAAGUAACAGUCUUAGUUAAAUGUGAAUGGGGAAGAUCCUAAGUGAAGCCAGGAGUAUACAAUGACAUUAACAUAUUACAGGGAACGAUGGACAGACAGACUGACAGAGAACAUGGGCACAUCAGAGGUGAGAGAUAUCGUGGGGAUUGUAGAAGGGUAUGAUAGGAAUUAUGAAUAUAUCUCUGUAGGCUUUCUAAAGAGGUUCAGAAAGGCCAAAUUAAAUUGAAGUCCAGAAUCAGUUGGAAAAUAUCCACUAGGUGGAUGCAGGAGAAGAAUGAGCUGGAAAAUCUUUAAAUUCUGUGCAUGAACUUUUGUUUGAACCAUAUGUAUUUAUAACAUGCCAAUAAUUUAGAAUUGUGUGAGAUGAUCUGCAGGUAGGGAGGAUGAAUCAAAAUUGAUAGCUAUCACAUUUUACUGGAAUAGUUUUUACAUUUAUUCUUCAUGCAGCUCAAGGGUUUGUGUUGCUGAUUCUGAUAAUUCUAGUAGCUUUAGUUUGUUAUUGAUGGUAUGUAAUUAUGAAAUUAUGAAAACAAGCUCUCAGCUUAGAAAUAACUGGGUUAGCCAGAAAUCAGUUUGUGAAAAGUCAAUAAGGAUAUUUCCUUCUCAAGGUGGGGAGAUGUGGAAGAAAUCAUUGUCCAAUAACCAUGUAAUUUUUAAAGAAAUUUAUUGAUUGUAGGAAUAGUUCUCUCUCUCUCACUUAUGAAGAAAGCUUCCUGGGUUGACAAACACAGGACAGUGAAGGCCUGUUAUCUCUACCAAGGACAUUUCUCCAGCACAGACCCUGAAACAAGACAAACUUGAUCGGGUCAGCGAAGGGUGAUGGGGAGGCGGGGGAAUCUCAUGACCCAUGUGUAAGCCAACUGUCUGAGUAAAGGUUAACAGGAUGCCCUAGAAAGUGAUGAGCCACUAAAUGACUUCAAGGAUUUCCAAUGGAAAUAGGAGGGAUUAACUUGAAAAUCUAUCCCUUCAUAAUUGAAUAAGCCAUUGACAAAAGACGCCCAGAAAUAAUGUAUACAUACAGCCUUUCAAGAGGAAAAUCAGUUUAGAGAAGAAAGAACUUCUCAGUGAUCUGUGCUGGCUUCAGCUGAACACUUUGGCUUAAAGAAACCGAGAAAGGAAGAGACUGCCACCUCCAGCCAUGGAGAUCAGCAUCCCCUCCUUGCUUCUCCCCAUCUAUUUGUCCAAUCAGGGACCAGUAAACCGUUUUCACCUGUUAUUGAAUGUCUGUCCUUUCUGCCUUUUUAAUUGAUGUAUCUAAACUGUUGCUUCUUAAUAAAAUGCUUUAAAAUCA